CGAAGCGACAGCAGUCCCUCGGACCAAUUUUGUUUAUCACUGGUGUGAUGGUCGUAUGGUGUUUUCUCGACGUUUUCUCUCUAAUAUCAACGCCAUGACAUGCCACACUUAUUAUUUGCCCGAUUGAAAUAUAAGCAAAGCCGAUCUAUUCAAGGCCAAGUAUGAAUGAAGAAAGCGAAAUUCUAUCAUCAAUUGACAACAAACGCCAGCGUUUCAAGCAACAACAGAUCACAUUCAUAUCGGCUCUGGAGCGAGCAAGGGAGCAAGCGCUGGAAAGGACUGAACCUAUCAGGACGGUCUCGCAGGUCCAAAGGUUUAUGGUCCAGCAUUGCAACAGUGUCACAGACAGAAAGAUUAUCGCGUUCUUUCUUGAGAUCGUUUCGGAUCUCAACAAGGUUCUCAGGUUGGUCAGGGCACGUUGCUCCAGCACUGAUGCGUUAACAGCCUGCAAAGCACUUCUUCAUCCAGAGAGUGACAUCAGCCAGUUGCGAGCACAGUAUCCUCAUGAUGAGAUACUGCGGCUCAGCUGUGAGACCAAGAACUACUAUGGUGGUGUGGUCAGCCUCAUCCCGUUGGCCCUGGACUUGCUGAGGUUAGCUGCCACUCCCGAGCAUUCUCCCGCGCCAUCACCCAUCACACCUGUCCCAGCAAUGACAACCACACCUGCCCCCAUCCACACUCCCACCCCUGCUAGACCUCUGCAACUCCCCUGCACUCCCACACCCAACUCCAAGAGGCAUGCAGCGGUAGAGCGCAGUGUUCAGUCGGCCCGAACCACCCGGGAGACACGACUCCCACGUCCCUUUCACAAAAAAGUGUGGCAGGCUAGGAGACCUGCCUGGAAGCCCCCUGGGAAGGCCUGGAAUUGAAGCCUACCGUCAUAUUGACACAGUCUUAUUUCUGAUACGAACAUUAAAUGGAUGACAUCUACAUUGCA